AGUCGAAAGUAUAAGUAGUGUUUCUAAUUUGUUUAUGACUUACACCGGUGACACUCAUGUCCCGAACUGUGCACAGUUUAAUGGAGUGAAGACGUUUUUAUUUUUAAUUCUGCCCCUUCAAACAAAUAACACAGUUUUGUAGACUUAUAAACCCUAUCUUAUCCUUAUCCCUUUCUCUGAAGAAUGGGAGGCAGUAAAAGGAGCCGAAAAGAGAAAGAAGAAAAGAAAGCUGCCAAACGAUUUAAAGGUGAAGAUCUUGACUAUGAUGAUGAUGGCGACGAGGAAGUGGAUGCAAAUGAUGUCCCGGCUGUUGCAGCAGCCAAGGUUGAAGAAAAAUCCAAUGAAGACGAAUUUGGUGCUAAAGAUUACCGAAAGAUUCUUGAGUUGAAAACUGAUCAUUCAUCACGUCCCCUUUGGGUGGCUCCUGAUGGCCAUAUCUUCUUGGAAUCAUUCAGCCCUGUUUACCGACAUGCUCAUGAUUUCCUUAUUGCCAUCUCAGAGCCGGUCUGUCGACCUGAACAUAUUCAUGAAUACAAAUUAACUGCAUACUCACUGUAUGCUGCUGUGUCUGUGGGUUUGCAGACCAACGACAUCAUUGAAUAUCUGCGUCGACUGAACAAGACAACCUUACCUGAUGGCAUUGUUGAAUUCAUCAAGCUCUGUACUAUCAGUUAUGGUAAAGUGAAACUCAUCCUCAAACACAACCAAUAUUUUGUUGAAAGCCAAAUGCCUGAUGUGAUCCAGAAAUUAUUGAAAGAUCCAGUGAUCCAAGAAUGCCGUCUUCGAGCUGAAACAGAGGAUCUAGCAAUGACAGUACUCGAAGGGGCUAACAAUCCUGCUACCACCAAUCGUGAGGCAUUAUUGUGUAUUGAACUGGAGUAUCCACUCUUGGCCGAGUACGACUUCAGAAAUGAUACUCACAACCCAGAUAUCAAUAUUGAUCUGAAGCCAAGCACCAUGUUACGUCCUUACCAAGAGAAGAGUCUUCGUAAAAUGUUUGGUAAUGGUCGGGCCAGGUCAGGGGUCAUUGUUUUACCCUGCGGUGCUGGCAAGACACUAGUUGGAGUAACAGCUGCCUGUACAGUAAGAAAAAGAUGUAUAGUGUUGUGCACCUCAGGUGUGGCUGUAGAACAGUGGCGUUCUCAGUUCAAAAUGUGGUCAACUGCCAAUGACAGCAUCAUUUGUCGGUUUACUUCUGAUGCCAAGGACAAACCUAAUGAUUGUUCCAUUUGCAUCAGUACUUAUUCCAUGUUGGCCCACACUAACAAAAGAUCAUGGGAAGCUGAACAGAUGAUGCAGUGGUUACAAAGCAAAGAAUGGGGCCUCAUGGUCUUGGAUGAAGUACAGACAAUCCCAGCCAAGAUGUUUCGUCGGGUUCUCAUGAUAGUACAAGCUCAUUGCAAGCUUGGUUUAACAGCGACCCUGGUACGAGAGGAUGACAAGAUUGCUGACCUUAACUUUCUUAUUGGUCCCAAAUUGUAUGAAGCCAACUGGAUGGAACUGCAGAAUAAAGGAUUCAUAGCCAAAGUCCAGUGUGCUGAGGUCUGGUGCCCUAUGACUCCAGAGUUCUAUAGAGAAUACCUCCAUACACACUCACAGAAGAGAUUGCUUCUCUACACAAUGAACCCCAACAAAUUCCAGUCCUGCCAAUUCCUAAUUCAGUUCCACGAGAGAAGGAAUGACAAAAUUAUUGUCUUUUCAGACAAUGUAUUUGCCUUGAAGAACUAUGCCAUUAAAUUGAACAAACCGUACCUCUACGGACCAACAUCACAGGGAGAACGACUACAAAUUCUACAAAAUUUCCAGCACAAUCCAAAAGUCAACACCAUUUUCGUCUCCAAGGUUGCAGAUACCUCAUUCGAUCUCCCAGAAGCCAAUGUUCUCAUCCAGAUUUCUGCUCAUGGUGGCUCACGACGACAGGAGGCACAGCGUUUGGGUAGAAUUUUACGAGCUAAGAAAGGAGCUGCCGCUGAAGAAUACAAUGCUUACUUCUAUUCUUUGGUGUCACAAGACACAUUGGAGAUGCAGUAUUCGAUGAAACGACAGCGGUUUUUGGUAAACCAGGGUUACAGUUACAAAGUAAUCACAAAAUUAGCAGGGAAGGAAAAGGACAAACUGGGCUAUAGCACCAAGGAAGAACAGCUGCAACUUCUACAGAAAGUUCUGGCAGCCACUGAUGCCGAUGCUGAAGAAGAAAUUGAUGGUGCAAUGAGACCUAUGCUUCUUCGCAAAGGAGGCAGCAUGAGUUCAAUGUCUGGCGCAGACAAUGCGUUCUAUCUUGAAUACAAUCACAGAAGAGACAGCAAACACCAGCAUCCCAUCUUCAAACAUUUCCGCAAAUGAAAGGAACAAUGACUUUAUUUUUAUUCCAUUAUUUUGUAAUACCAGUAAUAUAAUUGUAUAUAAAGAUGAUGAAAAAAAAUGAAAGCAAAACAGUUUACAAUAA